GGCGUGGCUGACUAGCUAACUGCAUGGCAACAACACAAGCACUGAUUAAAGUCUCAAGCCUUCUUCUCUGAGUACGAGUAUAUACGACUAUUACUAUGUCGCUCAAGUGGGACCUUAAACCUCGGAUGAGCAUUGCUCAGGCGAAUCAGCUGGAGAGAGUUAGGAUGGAUGAAAUGAUUGAAAAACAGGAGCAAACAAUUCAAAACGAUAUGAAGGCCACGUUGAGGGCACGCUGGACUGAGACACUGGAGGAAGCAAGCGAACACAAGAGACUGAAAGACAAGAUAAAGGAGUCCAAGAGAGAGAUGACAUUAGCUAAUAAAGCACUCACAGAGAGAGAGUACAUUAUGAUGAUGCAGGUACGAAGGUCACAGCUCAAGGAACUACUGCAGUCAGAACAGAAACAGCUUGAGCAAGAACUCCACAGCAUGGGACUCACUUUCUAUAAGGACAGGUUAUGAGAACACAAAAUGAGAACAUAAUUCAACACAUGUGAAGUACUAUAAUUAUGAUUCUGAGGAUAAUGUUUUCAAUGCUGUCUUUAACUCAUCUACAUGGUUGGCAAUGUCACUAAUGACUUGUGGUAGUUCAUUUUCUCCUUUG